AUGGCAAGCAGGUACAACGAUGAGUUUCGUGGACGCGGCCGGGAUCGCAGUAGGGAUCGUGGGUACGGAGGAGGGGGAGGUAUUGGUGGAGGUGAUAGAGGGUACGGUGGUCGAUCAAGCGGCGGGGGUUACGGCCGGGAACGCAUGGGCGGACGUCGCAGCGAGCAGAGUGGUGGUGGUGCUGAGCAUCUGGCGCGUAUACACGGCACUGAAGAGGAUCGUGUAAAUUGUCCAUUUUAUUUUAAAAUAGGUGCCUGUCGCCAUGGUGACCGCUGUUCUCGGCUGCACAACAAGCCCGUGUUCAGUCAGACUAUCUUGGUUAGCCACAUGUACCAAAACCCAAUUGCACAGGUAAUCGCACAGAACGGUGACCUAGCAUCGCUGGACCAGCGUCAGGUGGAUGAGGAAUUUGAAGACUUUUACGAGGAAAUUUUUGAGGAACUGUGCAAGUUUGGCAAGUUGGAGGAGCUGAACAUUUGCGAUAACCUGGGAGAUCACUUGGUCGGCAACGUGUAUGCCAAGUAUGAUGACGAAGAGCACGCUGCAGCGGCGCAAAAGUCUCUCUACGGUCGUUUUUACGCUGGACGACCGCUUGUGUGCGAAUUCUCGCCUGUGACAGAUUUCAGAGAAGCGCGUUGCCGACAGUUUGAUGAGGGAACUUGCAAUCGUGGGGGAUACUGCAAUUUUAUGCAUAUCAAAACAGUUUCGAGAUCUAUGCAACGUGAACUAGAAAGAACGUUCAAUCACGGUCAUCGUGACAAAAGCCGCAGCAGGAGCAGAAGCAAGAGCAGAAGUCGCAGCGGCAGUCGCGGGCAAGGAAGACUUGCGCGAGGCCGCUCGCCCAGUGGGCCACAUGAUGCUCAGAAGGGCGAGUCUUUUCGUCGCAAAGGCAGUCGAAGUCGCUCGCCGUCGUCUGUUAAGAAACACCGCCGGAGUCGUUCCCGCAGUCGCAGUUCUCGAUCCCUCACUCGUGAGGCAAGUCGUGGGAGCUCAAAGGGGAAAGAGGGUCUGGUGUUGUUAAAGCCAAAGAUGAGGUAUGUAGUACGAUUUUGUGUUUUUUUAUGCUGCCUUUCUGAAAUGAGAAUCUGCGACGAGCUUGCUGACAAUUUGGACUGUAUAACAACGUCUAGACUGAAACGAAUUUCAUACGCUUUUGAGUCUACAUUUAAAAAGUUGGGAAUAGCUGAGACCAUACAAAUUGAUCAAUGA